UACUGCACCGGAGGGGGAAAGACAGGGAGACGGAGAGGAUUCGGCUCACACGCACUCAGCGACAAAACGGCGGAGCCCUUUGGACCGGAUUCACUUCGUUUUCUUCAGCAAAUCAGAGCGAAUUAACUUUAAUACGAACUUCAGCGCCGUUUCUCGGCUCCGGUGAGUGAGAAAGUCGGUGCGUGUGCGCGCGCACUGUGGGAUCAUCACGCGCCCGCCGGGACGAGAAACUUUACCUCUUCACUCCUUUCCUUACAGCCGCAUCUCUCUGCCCUCACCUUCAUGCUCUGACACCUUCCUCCUUUACGUGAAGGUAAACAGAACAGGAGUGUGUGUGUGUGUGUGAGAGUGAGUGUGUGUGUGCUGAUGGCGCAGUCCUGUUAACGGACCGUCUGCAACGGACAUUUUAACAGAUUAUAACAAACCAAACAAACACCCCAGAAGUGUUAGUGAGCCGGGAAAAGUACGUGACUGCGUGUUUGUGCGCGUCAGUUGGACUGUUAUGGAGGCUCGGUUCGGUUUAGGGGAACUUUUUAAUGCCCCGUAUCGAGCGAACCUUUCGCGUGGCGCGCGAGAGACUGGAGCAGUGGUUCCUCUUACAGAUAUGUGGGACGGCGAGUGGAGGGACGCACACCGGGGUGACGGCACCAGCGGAGGAGGAGGAGGAGGAGGAGUAGGAGGGGGGACAGUGCGCUCCGUUACGGUGCGGGACGGAAAAGAGUCCUCGAGUUGCACGGAGGACCGUGCGGACGUCACCACGCUGAGUGAGCUGCUCUGUUCAGACACCGGAUACAACAACAUCGCCAACCACAACAUUGCCGCAGGAACACGCAGCAGCACGCGCGAGCUGACAGCCAGCGGAGGUGACACGAGCGCCGUCCCGAGCCGCUGCUGCUGUUCUGUUAGCACCGACACGACCACCACCGCCGCCACCACGACCAUCUCGGAGACGGCGCGCGAACUGUGCAAAGCCGUGUCCGUGUCGCUGGGGCUGGCCAUGGACCCCAACGCGCACCACGACGGGAACAGGAGCUCAGACUUGUUCGAAGUGCGCCGGAGGAAGGAGGAGGAAGUGGAGGAGCGGGUGCACGCACGAAGCGACGACAGGAACAGAAGCAGCAGCAGCAGCAACACAAACGCAGGUGGUGGAGGCGCCGCAGCGGGACGUGAGGGACGCGCGCCGCACGUGCAUGGCGACAACAGCAAACUACUUGAGAUGUUCAAAAGUGGCGACGAGGAGGACAUGAUGAUGAUGAUGCAGAUGGACAACGCUCGCGCGCAUCACCAGGCAUCAGUGAUAACGGAGAAUGCGGAUUUCGGACCGGGCAUCGCGAGCCUGAUGCGUUCCAAAAGCUCGAGCGCGGCGGCAGGUUCUUCCUCUUUGUCCUGUCAGUUCCAGCAGCAGCAACAACAACAACAACAACAACAAAACGACCCGCAGGUAAACUUCGAGCUCGCGCCGCCAGUGCACGACAGGUACGGUGAUGAUUACUUCUACUACUGGCCGCGCUACAACAACGUGCGCGUGAAGUACGAGACCGUGCCGCCGCCGGUGACUCGCUAUGGUCACGGCGCUGCGCAGUACGGGAAUCCCUCGUGCACCCGCUCCUCAGCAGGACUGGACGCCCCGCUCAUCUGCAGCCCGUACGAGUACGACUACGGCGCGCGGACUGGACCAGGACCGGGUCUCAGUACCGCGCACGAGCCGUGGUACCACCAGAGCGGUUCAGUGUUACCCCGCGUGUCUUACCCCACCGCCACGUGCAUGAAGAACGAAGUCGGAGAAUGGCUGGAUGUGAACACAAUGCAGGACUGCGGGUUAGACAGUGGGAGGGAGGUGUUCCCCAUGGAGUUUUUCUUCCCUCCACAACGCACCUGUCUGAUCUGCUCUGACGAGGCAUCCGGCUGCCAUUACGGAGCUCUGACCUGCGGCAGUUGCAAAGUGUUUUUCAAAAGAGCAGCAGAAGGUAAGCAGAAGUAUCUGUGUGCGAGCAGGAACGACUGCACCAUUGAUAAGCUGAGGAGGAAGAACUGUCCAUCCUGUCGUCUGAAGAAGUGCUUCGAGGCUGGAAUGACUCUGGGAGCUCGUAAACUGAAGAAGAUUGGUCAGCUGAAGGUUCUUGAAGAAGACGGUUCAGGUCCAUCCAUGCCGUCCAGUUCCGGGUCAAUCGAGCUGAUCCAGAAUCCGCCACCCAAAGCGAGUCUGACGUUCCACUCGCAGCUCGUCUUCCUCAGCAUCCUGGAGUCCAUCGAGCCUGAAGUAGUGAAUGCCGGGCAUGACCAUGCCCAGCCCGACUCUGCCCCCGCGCUCCUGACCAGCCUUAACGAGCUCGGAGAGAGGCAACUCGUCAAGGUGGUCAAAUGGGCCAAAGGACUGCCAGGGUUCCGUAACCUGCAUGUGGACGAUCAGAUGACGAUGAUCCAACAUGCCUGGAUGGCUGUGAUGGUCUUCGCUCUUGGAUGGAGAUCGUACAAGAACGUUAACGCUCGCAUGCUCUACUUCGCUCCUGACCUGGUCUUCAACGAUCGGAGGAUGCACGUCUCCAGUAUGUAUGAACACUGUUUGCAGAUGAAACACUUGUCGCAGGAGUUCGUCUUGCUGCAGGUCACACAGGAGGAGUUUCUCUGCAUGAAGGCCCUCCUCCUCUUCAGCAUCAUUCCUGUGGAGGGAUUGAAGAGUCAGAAGUACUUUGAUGAGUUGAGGUCGUCGUACAUUAAUGAACUCGAUCGUCUGAUUAAUUACGGCAAGAAGAGUAACUGUGCACAGCGCUUCUAUCAACUGACCAGACUAAUGGACUCACUGCAGCCGAUUGUCCGGAUGCUUCAUCAGUUCACCUUUGACCUUUUCGUUCAGGCUCAGUCUUUGCCUACGAAGGUCAGCUUCCCUGAGAUGAUCGCUGAAAUCAUCUCAGUGCAGGUACCAAAGAUCCUCGCCGGCCUGUCCAAGCCCAUCAUGUUCCACAAGAACAUGACUCCGCCCCAUCCGGCACCCAGGCUGGACACGCCCACACGGCCAGACCUGGCCUAAUCUCAUGUGAUCCAGUCUGAACCGGUUUCUCCAACUUCAUCUUUUUUUGUUGUUACGUUUCAGCAGGGAGACUUAAACAUCCUCAUUUUUACUUUCUCUCUCUCUCUCUCUCUCUCUCUCUCUCUCUCUCUCUCUCUCUCUCUCUUGCUCACUCUCCGUCUUUUUCUUCUUCUGAAAGUGUCUGUAAAAUCUGCAGAGGACCAUUACAUCAUUACUCUGGUCUAUCUUCUGCUCAAAGAUAAUUUCAGAUCAUUUUCUCACUCUGGCAGUGUCGUGUCUCUCUCUCUCUCUCUCUCUCUCUCUCUCUCUCUCUCUCUCUCUCUCUCUCUCACACACACACACACACUCUCUCUCUCUCUUUCACUCUCUCGCUCUCUCUCUCUCAUUCUUUUUUCUCCAGCAUUUAUUCCUGAAGAGUCCGAAGAGCUACGCUGUGUUACGUGAUGGACAGGUUUAUAAAAAAAAAAAAAGAAGAAGAAGAAGAAAAGGGAGAAAAAGUCUUUUAGUUUUAUCUGAGCCCUGAAAAGACAAAGUGUGCACUAGAAAGUUUCCCUAGGAGAAGUUUACUGGUCUGUUUACUUCACAUAUGACUCUAUGCAUUAGGGGAAAAACUAAAAAAAAUAAUAAUAAAAAGGUCUAACAUAUAAACUGCCAUACGCUUGCACCUUUUAAAAAACGAUGAAAAAAAAAACGCUGCUUUUUUGCCAGUUAAUAAGCAACCAAAACGACGACAAUCGAAAUGUGUUUGUUCUCUGUGCCUCCAGAUUCUUUACUCUCCAACACGACAAGAACAUCUCCGAGUUCCACACGAUUUCACCGCCGCACGCUCAAACGUUUUCAAACUAAAGAACCGCAAAACGUACGUGAUGUUCCCUUUAGCACACGUGUACACCGUCAGUUACACCAUGACACGCUGACGUAGCUAACAGAUCCUGCUCACUCCACACUGACACAAACACUGGGUGCUCCCCAGAAACUGAUCGUUUCUCACAGGGUUCCUCAAAGAACCACUGAAGAAUUCUUCAAAGAGAUUAUUGAUUAGUAAAGACUUCCUAGGUUCAAAGAUGGGAUCUAAUAGGAAGUCUAGCUGAAGGGGAACCACUGUUGGAGGUCCUAGACAGAACCUUUAAACCUUUCAUAUAAAGGGAUGAACAAAGGCACAUUUUGAGGAAACUUGUUUCUCUCUAAGAGUUUUAAAUAAUCAGUCAAGGGUAAUAAAGAUAAUCUAGGGAUCUUAGUGUUCUAACAGGGUUCUACAUCCUGACAGGGAAACGUUCUCCAUUCACCUCUAAUAAAAGUCUACACUAAAGCAAUUCCUAAAGCAUUAAAGAAAUUCAUCUAAACAGAAGCCUUGCUGAAAGGGAACCACUGUUGUAGGGUUCUGUGGAGAACCUUUAGAAGUUCCUGUUGUAGAGGGACAACCAAAGAGCAAUUAAGCAUUUAAAAUGUUCCAUCGCUGUACAUUUGAGGUGAAAGGAAACAUCAUGUACAUGUAGAUUUUAUUCCAACUGUUUCCUUAAGGUCAGGAUGGGGGGGUGGGGCUAGUGUAGUGGGUGUGGUUUUAAAAACAUAGCCCACCCCCGGUUAGGUGUAUGUGGUAAUAAAUGUGAACUGAUCGUUUUACAUUUUUUUACCAAGGACAUACCAUACUCAGACACACACACACACACACAUACAUAUACACACACACACACAUACAUACACACGCACACACACACACAUACACACACACACACACACACACAUACACACACAGUUUGGACUCAUUGCUGCUUCUGAAAACUAAAAAAACUGGUUCUGUGCAUGGUGGCUUUAACACUUCCACCUGAAUGUUUCUAUUUUUUUUUUAUUAUAAACUUCGUUUAGUUUUUUUUCUCUUUUUAAAUUUCGUAGCAUUUAAACACACAAGCUUUUGCACUUGGAUGUAAAUGUUCAGCUCAGUGCUUCAGUGUUUAGCAUAGCGUAUCGCUGGUGUGAGACGCGGCGUGGUCGUCUCCUCACGAGCAAUAACACACACCGCUAACUCUUUAACACAGCUCUGUCACACACACACACACACACACACACACACACACACACACACACACACACACACACACACACACACCUCUGAUAACUCAGCUAGCUAAUAGACAUAGCGAGCUAACUGAUCCAUGCUAGCUGAUUCAUUGAGUGGCACUGAGUGUGCACUCAUUAGUCUCCCUCGUUCUCUUCUCUCUCUUCCCUUCCUUCUAUCCCUCCCUUUGUAAACUUUGCUCUUCUCCGCCUCUCCUUUUUAUCUUUUCCUCCUGAACACACAUUUCCUCUCUCUGUACUUCUUCUUUGUUUCUUUCUCUUACAUCCUUCUCUUUGCGCUUUCCUCCUUUCCUCUCAUCCCUCUCUUUAUCUACCAGGCAUCCAUUUUCCCUUUCCUGUUUCAAUUUUUUUCCUUCUAGUCUUUCUCUGAUUUGUCGCUUUUGUCCUCCCACCCGAUUCUCUCUCUCCACUGUAGCCACAGGUUCGAGCUUCUUCACAUCUGCUUCAGUUUCCUGCCGUUGUGCCAUGGUGUCUGUCAGAAGUCUGGUGUGUGUGUGUGUGUGUGUGUGUGUGUGUGUGUGUGUGUGUGUGUGUGUGUGGUUUGUGCGAGUGUGUGUGCCUGUGUGUUAAUAGUAGGGAUGUACCGAUACCACCUUUUCUCUUCAGAUCCGAUUCUGAAUACAGCGUUUGGCGGUACGGCCGAUACUGACCCGAUACCUGUGAUCUUUUCUAUGACAUCUUUAAUCUUCUGCGACAUGUUUAACGCUCUGAGGUAAACAGAAAGGACGCCUGAUAAACUUGGCUUUCUGUCGCAGGCGGUUGUGCGACAUGUUUACUAUAAAAUUUAUUAGAUUUAUUUACAUUAAUGUCAUUUAAUAUAUAAGUGUAUUUUUUUAUAAGUUUAAGUGAUAGUUUAUGAUGUUUGCUGUUCGUUAAUUAACCACCACAGGCAUGGGCGUCGGAAGUAAAUAAAAAAGUGGGCGUGUCCUGUCCCACACAUAUAAUGGGUCCGACGCCCAUGGAUUUCAGGACGCAGCAGCGCGGUCAAUGCUGUAGGUAAAACGUGGAAUGGAGUUUAAUUUAUUAGGGCAUUCCUCAAGCGGAAUGGAUUCAUCUGGCGGUGCUCUGAAAGGUAAUAAAAAAAGACAUGCGCGGACAUGAGACAUGAGACGGUAAAAGUGGGUGGGUCCAAUAUUAUUGGUCUUAAAGUGGGUAGGUCCAAUAUUAUUGGUCUUAUAAAGUGGGUGGGUCCAAUAUUAUUGGUCUUAAAAAGUGGGUGGGUCCAAUAUUAUUGGUCUUAAAAAGUGGGUGGGUCCUGUCCCACCCACAUAUAAUGGUUCCAACGCCCAUGACCACGGGUAUCGGAAUAGGAUCGGUCACGCACCACUCAAAAUGCUUAGAUCGGCGUCGAUACCGAUCCAAAAUAUCGGAUCGGUACAUCCCUAGUUAAUAGCUGAGCCGAAUGCAGAUUUCUCUGACUGAAUAUUCUCCCUGCCGCUUUGGUAUGUAGAUUUUUAUGGAGCUCGAGAGCGUCGUGUCUGUCGUUCUCGUGAGCUCCGGCCGGGCUUCAAGCUCCAGCAAGGAGGUUUUUUGCUGCAGUUUCUUUUUUUUUUUGCUGAGGAAAUGUGCUGGGAGGAUAAAACGAGGCUGUCAGGGAUGAGAUAGCGCAAAAAAUACACUCACACAGGUGUUUACCACAAAAGAGCUCAUUACAAUCCCAAACUCAGAGCCACACACACACACACUCACACUCAUUAAUCAGUAAACACUUGAUCAUAAAAAAUCACAAGAACUCACAUACAUCAAGGAGAUUUUUCUACUGAGCAUGAUUAGCCUUUGGCGUUUAGCCUGUUGUACACACACACACACACACACACACACACACACACACACACACACACUCAGAACAAUGCCUGAGCGUCUUCAGCUCAUUAAGUCAUAAAGUCGCCGCCGCUUUGAUGGUAAUUAUUGACUGCCACUAACAGAGAGCUGCUCCAUAUUUGAUCACAGCUCGAAGUUCAUUUUGUUCUGCGUUUGUUUUUGUUUUUUAUAUAAAAUCUCUACACAGUUCCUGUACUGCUAGCUGCAUGUCGUUACAACACGUUAGUUCCGUGAUUUCUAUCGCAACUUCGGAAUGCAGACUUUUCUGAAACACUUCACUGACGCUGAUAUAAACACCGCUUUUGUAUUUUUAAUAUCCGACUUGAAGCCUUAAAGGUGCAGUUUGUAGUUUUUAACCUCAGAACCUUUUAAUAAACAUUUGGUUUUUAAGGCAGACUAGAAAAAUGACGUAUUAUGCAAAUUUAGCGACGUGUUCACGUGAUGUCAGAUGUUUCACAGGUUUUUGGACUUUAAUUCUUUUGGUGUUUCUGUUAGCUCCGCCCACCACAGAACAGACCACGCCUUAUUUCAGUACUGUGUAGAAGUUUGUCUGAAAAAUGCGGAAUUCUUAAUUUAUUAUAGAAAAAUUAACUUCAGACAAAAUCAGAAUUGACAUUAAAAAUAUUUUACAGAAAAAUUUUACUUGCAAAAUUAAACUUUACCCAACAUUUGAUUGAAGAUUUUUUUACAAAAUCAGAAUUAAAAUCAGUCCUCAGUUUCCUAAACACACACUUGUUACCCCAACCCUACACACACUAACCCUACCCACACUAACCCUACCCACACUAACCCUACACACACUAACCCUACACACUAACCCCAACCCUAAAUAAAAGGAGGUGUGUCUCUGUGGUAACAGGCUGAAGGGGCGGGGCCACGCGUACAGUAAGCAUAUGGGGCGGGACUAAGUGGCUUCAGGUAACUGAGGGGGCGGAGCUGAGACUCAGUUGUUGUUGUUUUUUUUAUCCAAGGCUACACACUGUUAAAACUGGGUGAAAUUUUUUUAAAGUGCGAACUUAAUGGUACGUGAAAAAACCACCCUUCGUACAAAGCUCCAGAGUUUCACGAGUUACAGUGAUGCAUUUUUAUGAUGGUUGUGUUUACAAGCGUUUAUGCUGCGUUUAUUCUUUUGGUUUGUUUUUGUUUGUUUUGUUUUGUUUUUUUUGACAGAAAAUUAACUAAAAAUAAAAUCAGCCAAAUUUAUUGAUUUCUUAUUCAUUUUUUAAUACGACGUUGAGAUUUGUUUUAAAAUUACAAACUGCUCCUUCAAGAUAAAGUUCGUUCUCAAACCGAAGCUAAUAAUCUCGUCGCUUUGUAGCUAAACAGAAUAAACACACUGUAAGAACAGAAACUUUUUACACUCGCAUCUUUUGGUCUUUUAUGAAGUGCUUAUCUAGUGCUUGGGAAGUGCUUAUGUAGCUAUUGAAGUGCUUAUGUAGUGAUUACGUAGUGCUUAUGUAGUGCCUAUGGAGUGCUUAUGUAGUGAAAACGCUCUGCUUUUGUACUUUUGCUACUCGAGUCGAUGCCUUAAGAUGGAGAUUGUUUUCAUCUUGUAGCAUGCACGCUUCAUUUAACGCAAGCCAAAGUUCAAAUCAGUCAAGAAAUAAAGCAAUAACUAAAAAAUAAAAAUAAAAAAAAAGAACAAAACCUUUUAGGAUGAAGAUUAGGACACGUUUCAAACCUUUCCGCUGGAUUAUUAAGUGGAACAGUGUGAGCUCCUGUAACGUCCACAGACACACCGAUCACACAAAGACCUUUCAGCAACAAUUAGGGUUCAAGAGUCUUUUUUAUUCUUUGAAUAGUUUUUGGUGAACUGCUGUCAUUUAUGAGACACAAAAAUUUGAAAAAUGUUCCUGAACAAAUCGCUCAAUUUUUGAUUUGUUUUUAUGACUAUUGUGAAUUGUGCUUUUAAAGGUUUAGGAGAAACGGAUGUACAAAUGGAAAAGAAUAUUAAACGUUUUAAAGCCAUGUUUGUGUUGUUGUUGUUUUGAUGUAAAUCAUGUAACUGUACAUGUGACCAUCCUGCUGUUGGCUGUUUAAAGUAUUCGCACACGUAUUCUCUGGCUUUCUCAAAAAUAAAGCGAAAUUUAAAAAAAAAA